AUGGAAGUACCUGAACUCCCUCCAAAACCAAUUCGGUUAAUUACACUUGAACAAUCAAAGAAUAAUUUAAAAGAAAGUGUAGAGGUUUUUAAAAAAAUCAGGAUAAGUAAAGAUAAAACAGAAGGUAGUAUUGAUAAAUGUUAUAACUUUGAAAAAAGAAAAAUGGUUUGUAAAGAAAUAUAUGAGACAGAAAUAUCCUAUAUCACUUCACUUGGGGUUUGUGAAACUUGUUAUUAUCGUGAAAUGGUAAAAGAGACGUCUCCGUUUCGUGAAGAAGAUGUUAAACAAAUUUUUUUGUAUUAUGAUGAGAUACUUCGUUGUAAUAGAGAAUUUGCAUCAAUGGUAAUAAAAAGUUGGAAAAAUAACACAUUUGAAGACUCUGUUGGGGAACUUUUUCUUAAAUUUUCACCAUUCUUUAUUGUUUAUAGAAACUUUUUAAUUAAUCAUAAUAAAGCUUUUACUUUGUUGACAAAGUUGGAAGAAGAUACCAAAUUAGAAAGGUAUUUGGAAAGUUGUCAAACUCAAGUCAAUAAUAAUCAAAACCUUGAUCUUCGUGAUUAUCUUAUUAUGCCAGUUCAAAGAUUACCAAGGUAUAGUCUCCUUUUAACAGACUUGUUAAAACAUACUCCAACAAAUCAUUGUGACUAUCAGAAUAUCACUAAAGCAUUAGAAGCAAUGAAAGAAGUUACUUCAAAAGUUAAUGAGUCAAUCUCGACUAACCAACAACAACAAAAACUCAUUGACCUAAGAUCAAAACUUGCUCAAAGAAAUGACUUUGAAGUUAUAGAGCCUCAUAGAAUCUUAUUAAGUGAAGAAACUGUUAUUCAAUUCACUCACAAUGGAAGAAGUAGACGAGGACUAAUACUAUUUAAUGAUUGUAUCUUACUUACAAAAAAAGAAGAAAAAUUAAUGAAAAUAAGAUUUAUUAUUGAAUUAGGUAAGUGUAGUAUUGUUGAACCAAAUAAGGAGAAGUCCUUACAGGUUUAUAGUAAUGUCAAAUCAUGUGAAAUUGAAUUUGAAAGUUAUGAGCAAAAAGAACGUUGGAAAAGUAUUAGUAAAGAUGCUAUUACCCGAAUGAAAAAAACAUCUGACUUUGUUUUUUCUCCAUUAGUUAUUUCUCCCGAAGAUGUAAAUGAGUGUAAAAUAUGUCAAUCUGAAAUAAAAAAAAAGAAAAAAUAUUAUUGCAAGAAAUGUCUGAAUUAUAUCUGUUCUAGGUGUUGGAAUUCUACUGGGAAAUGUUGUCUUAAGUGCCAUUUUUUAGAAAAAGAAAAGGCAAACCAAAAGAAACUAGAGCUUUUUAAAACAGAAAAUGAAUGUAAUUCUUUUAAUUUGAAUAUUAAUUCCAACCAAUCUCUAACUCCAAUCCAACCAAACUCUCUAAUAACUACUAAAGGAUUACAAAAACUUAGGGAAGAGUUAAAUAAGAUGAAUACAAUAAUGAGUGCAUUAAAAGAACACCAACCUAAAGAAAAUAAUCUGCUGAUAGAAGAUGGUAGUAAUGGAAUUAAGAAAGAACAAAGUCAUCAAAAAGGUAUUACAUCUACUGAAAGAACAUUCAAAACAGAAAAAGAUACAAAACCUAUGAUGGGACUGAGUGAUUUAAGAGAAGACAUUACCACUUUAAACGAGAAUGGGUAUUGUAAUAGUCUUGAUAAUACUAAGAAAGAAAAGGUUAAACUAAUUGAAGAAAAACAAGAUGAUAGAUUGAUAAAUAUGAAUAAUGGAAUAGAGGUUGUGUUGUGCCAAAGAAAAAAAAGUAAUUCAAUGACUCAAGAAGAAACAAAAGUACAUGAAAUAUUUUGUGAAAAGAAAAGAAGAAGCUUUUUUUCAAAAAGUCUACAAACCGUUAAACAAAAACAAGAUAGUUUUCAAACGAAGUCUAAGAAGAAAGACAUAGUACCACACAACAUUGAAGAGGAUAGGCUGUCGAUUGAAACAAUUCCAGAAGGAUCUGGCAGAGUUCAAUUUUUAAAGAAAUUAAAUGAAAAACGAAUUUCACAAGAAAAAGAAGAAAUUGAGAAAUAUAGAAUAAAAACCAAACUUGUUAAUGAUAAAAAAUAA